AUGAACACCAGGGACCCUUUCAAUCUCCGAACCGGAUCCACUGCCUUCAACCUCCUCCAGCACAGCGCCGCGCGUGCCGCGACCUACACUCGCCAGGCGGGCCAACAAGCCCUCGAGGCCGGCAAGCAGGCCUUUGAAGACACCGGCUUCGCAGAAGGCAUGUCGUUCGCAGUCCCACGCAACGUGCCAACAUUCAACGAUCCCAGCGGCGUCCGGCGUCUCGAAGACUCGGUCUGGGGCAGCUCGGGACAAUCGCGCUUCGGAGGGAGUUCUAGCGGGAAUGGCAGCGUAGCGGAGGCAAUUUCAGGUGUCUUUGGCGAGAAAGGGCUGCCGAUGUACAAGGACAAGCCGUAUAAUUAUGGGACGUCGAUGAGGAAGAAGAAGUGGUUUCGGACGAAACGGGUGCCAGGGACAAUAUUCUUUCUAAUAGUUGCAUACUUUUACUGGUUCGGCUGGCCAUGGUCAGGAGGAGAUUCUAAAAAGAAGGGAAGUGGUGGUGGGAGCUCUUGGGGAUUCUUUUCUGCGGUGGAAGAAAAGGUGGAUUGGGAGGAGAGGCGGGAGAGCGUGAGAGACGCGUUCAAAUUAAGCUGGAAGGCAUAUGAAGACCAUGGAUGGGGCUACGAUGAAUACCAUCCCAGCUCCAAGUCAGGUCGCCACAUGGCGACAGGCGGACUAGGCUGGAUUAUCGUCGAUGCUUUGGACACCAUGAUGCUGAUGAAUCUGACAAGGGAGCUUGGACAUGCCCGUCAAUGGAUAUCGACCAGUCUGACUUACGACAAGGAUCAAGACGUCAACACAUUCGAGACGACUAUACGCAUGUUGGGUGGUCUGCUGUCGGCACACUACUUGCAAGGAACUCUCCCAGGGAUGAAACCCGCGGAGGGCUCAAACGAUGAGGAUCUGUAUUUGGAGAAAGCCAGCGACCUCGCGGACCGGUUACUGUCAGCCUACGAGUCAAACUCCGGUGUUCCAUAUGCUAGUGUCAAUCUCAAGACGUUGAAGGGGAUCCCAUCGCAUGCCGAUGGCGGUGCGUCAUCUACCGCUGAAGCGACAAGUCUUCAGCUUGAGAUGAAGUAUCUUGCCUUUUUGACCGGAGAAGCAACAUACUGGGAGAAGGCAGAGAAGGUCAUGCAAGUCGUUGAUAACAAUGGGGCCCGAGACGGGCUCCUGCCUAUCUUCAUCUAUGCAGAUCAGGGUAUCUUUAGAAGCAAUGAGAUUCGUCUUGGAAGCCGUGGAGACUCGUACUACGAGUAUCUCAUCAAGCAGUAUUAUCAAACUGCGAAGCAAGAACCCAUCUAUCUCGAAAUGUGGGACGAAGCUCUCGCUGGUGUCCGUAAACACCUGAUAACCUAUUCUCAACCUUCGAAUUUCACUGUUCUGGCUGAGCGACCGAGCGGGCUUAGUGGGCACAUUUCUCCAAAAAUGGACCAUCUGGUUUGUUUCAUGCCAGGCACCAUCGCGCUAGGCGCCACCGGAGGCUUGACCGUGGAGGAGGCUAAGAAGCUACCAUCUUGGAGUACCAAGCAAGAAGAAGAGAUGGAACUUGCAGUCGAAUUGAUGAAGACAUGCUGGGGCAUGUACAAAGUUACGGCUACUGGCCUGGCGCCAGAAAUUGCUCACUUCAACAUCUACGAUCCGCCUCAGAUGAUGCGACAUGGGGUUCUGAAGGGCCCGGAGACUCUAGAUCCAGCUGACGACGCCGAUUGGAAGCAGGACUAUAUCAUCAAACCUGCUGAUACGCACAAUUUGCAGCGUCCGGAGACCGUUGAGAGUCUUUUCUAUAUGUGGCGUAUCACAGGAGACGAGAAGUACAGAAAUUGGGGCUGGGAGAUGUUCCAAUCCUUCGUAAAACACACGCUUCUCGAAGACGGGGCUGGGUUCAGCAGUAUUGGUGAUGUCAACCAGAUUCCGCCGCCAUCGAGGGAUAACAUGGAGAGCUUUUGGCUGGCCGAAACUCUCAAAUACUUCUAUCUUCUAUUUGGCCCCAACGAUAUCCUCCCCCUCAGCGAAGUCGUCCUCAACACUGAAGCUCAUCCGCUGCCCGUCUUCCAGCCCGAUAAGAAGAGGUUCAAGACGGGCUGGACGCGUAUCCCUAGAGAUCCCAACGGGAAUUUGCACCCACCAGAAAAGACCCAGGAGGAAGUGAAGAAAGAAGUCACCAAAACCGUGCUCGUUGAAAAUGAAGUCGCAUCGGAAAGCGCAACAUGA